AUGUUCAUGGAGCAUAUUACGGGCUGGGGAGGUCGUUGGACUGCAUCCGAUCUCGAACAUGUCUCCAUUGCGAUAAUGUUCUUCGGGGCUGGAUUGUGCGGAUUGCUCAUUGAAUCGCCAACUAUUCGAAGUCUCCUGAAUGCUCGCGCCACAGAACAAAGUCCCCGUGAGGCAGACUCAGACGACAAUUCUGUCCGCGCAAAUCCUUUGCCGGCACUGACUCUCCUGCUGCUUGGACUCGUCAUCAGCUCGCAUCACCAAGACUCGGAAUUGGCUGUCAAAGUGCACUAUCAAUUCGGAAUGUUCCUCAUUGGGUUUGCAGCGUGUCGUCUUCUCACAUACGUCUUGUGGUACAGUUCGCCACCUAAAUCAAGUCUCCCGUCGCGCCCCUUGUCAAAAUUCAUGGGUGCAUUUUGUGCCAUGGCUGCGGGUCUCACGUUUCUGGCGGCCGCUAGAGAUGUACUGCAGCUCUUGGAUGCUCAUGAUAUAAUGGUGACUCUUGUGUUCGCGAUUUCGGCUAGCUUGACCUUGUUUCUCAUGUCGUGGACACUUGUGCUGUUGGGUUUAAUGAACUGGAUCUCUAAGAAACAGGCUCGAGAGGGAGAAUUAUAG